AUGACACAUGAUGAGUUAGAGACGUUUCUUGAGUUCAUAUACAACGGUUCCCUUUCGGAUACAAAGAUGAUGCAACACGUCCGUGUACUCUACCUAGCUGCAGACAAAUACGAAAUUCCACACCUUCAAGAUCUCUGCAGAAACCAGUUAAGCGGCUCGAUGAACAGAAGAAAUGUAUUUGAUGUACUCGAGCUUGCAAAGAUUCAUUCGGACAAGAUCCUUCAAGACGCUGUCUCUGAGUUUAUCACAUCAAACAUGGAAGAGAUUUCGUCCUCAAGCAAGUUCAUGUCGUUUGUGAAGAGAAAUCCGGCUCUUACUGUCCAAGCCAUAAGAGGUCACGUGACAAAACUAAAAAGAAAACGUCUAGAAAAGAAGAAUAAAGAAACUCGACGACUGUUUGGCUUCAGCGGGCUCAUAUAA